GGCGAGCGGACGUAGGUGAAGCAGUAAUGAUGCCUAUGUGCGCGCCGUGGCUGUUAGCCAGGAGGACUUAGUAUCACAAUUCAUAGUGAUGGCAUGUUGUACACUUGAAUAGUACAUACACAUGUUCUGUCGCAAGCGGCGGCUACAAGUUUCGACCACAAUCGAAGAAGCGUAAAUUCUCUUAGUGAUGAAAAUUUGUCUAUCUGUUUUUGAGCCAAGUUGGUCUUCUACUUCUAGCCAUACGACUUAUAUUUAUAGCCAAACGAGCGCUUCUGUACCCUCAGCUCCUGAACGUGUUUUUUUUGUAGCUCUAACCCGAAGGAACCUUAUCCUAGGGUCCGGCUGACAUGUCCAAGGUGAAUCUGUCAGAUCCUAGUCAGGUUGUUGCGCAGCACUUCUUCUACUAACUAAGACACAAAGAGAAUCCUGACCAGACUGGCCUAUCGGCUUGGAUGUGCCGCACAUGGAUGAACGAGAACCUGAGCUCCCAUAUUGGCACGUUGCGUAAGUAACGCUGUUGGCCAUCUUGAGUUUGUAUAUUGCCUGACCGCGCGAUUGCUCAAGUAUAACACGCUUGUUUGUACAACUCCUUACUAUAGCUUAGGUUCUAUCUUCGGACCGACGAAGCAAGAACGCUGCUACACUACACUAGAAAAAUAAAGCUUACUAUCUUUCCCGACCGUAAUAGCGAGACCAAAAGAAAGUGAGUAUAACACAAACUAGUACAAGAUGACAGCACCUUCUGGGGAACACUCGCAGCAGCAGCAGCAGCAGCCUCCACCCAACAACAUGCCCGCGAUUGAGGAUCCAGGAGAGCCACCGUCAAUCCAUGAAAGCCAGCCACGGAGCAGCUCGAUCCACGAUGGCACGGCACGGAGCUCGACCUACGAACAUCCAGAGGCAGUGGAGGAUGUGGAAGACGUGCGAACGCGCUUCAAGUAUCAACAUUUUUCCUGCUGCUUGGACCACCGAUGUUUUUCACGCACGAUGUAUCUUGCCGUUUUACUUCUAGAUUUAGUCGUAGAUGAGGUGUGCGUGUUUCUAGUACCAGUGUAGAAGCCAUACAUUCCAGCAAAGUUUUUCAUCCAACAGAACUCUCCCGCCGCUGCACCCGCACGAAGUGGAACUUCGUGUGCCUGUCACGGAGCUAUCGAGGCCAAUUGCCCCCGAAAAAUUUCGUUCCAAGAUUGAGUCAGUUGGUGGUUUUGUUUUCGGCUUGCUAAUUUUUCCGCGCGGGACCAAAUCCGGGCGACAGGACAACACGAAGGACACGCGCUGGAUCUCGGCGUUUGUCGAGGCACGGCCAUCCGAGGACUACCCGCCAAAUUGGUACUUACUAGGUUUUUUCGCAAAGAUCUCGUCCAACAAAAGUCGGACCAUUAUUCAAGUAAUGCCCCCAAAAACCAUGCAUGCAUCCCCCCCCCCCCCAUUACUCAGUGCAGGGAAAAGGUGGCCCGCGCCGCUGUUCCUCCCACGGUAUGGUGGUGAUUUGGUUACUUCUUUCUGUAUUCGUCGCGGCCCUUCGCAAAGCGGUUCCGCGGCGGGACGCCCCUCACAAAUAGUAUACCUGAUCGCCAAAACCCCAGAGCAAUGGCCCUCAUCGCAGCGAGAAAAAACAAAGAAAAAAACUCGCGCGCGUCGUGACCUUCUUGAAAAAGAAGGCCGCGCCUUCCGCAGCCACCCAAAAUUUUUGGCUUGCCGCGGCGCUGCGCGCCGCUCGUUUGUUUUGUUUUUCCCCACCCAACACGUAGGGGCGUGCAGAAUUUUCGUGAGAGUGAGAGGAAAAAAGCGACAGCGGGGUGUGCUCGCCGUCUCACUUCAGCCCGAAUCUGUCUUGUUGUUCAGUUUGCAAUUUGUCACGCACUUGUUAUUGAAAUGGCUAUUAGUCCUUCAACUUUCCACCAGAGUGCUGAAGUACCCAUCUCAAUAGCCGCUGCGUGACACGUUGCUUGCAAACUGAAGCUGGACAACAACGCAAAUUGUUGGAGUGCCCACUUCAACAAUUUGCACAACGCAAAUUGCUGAAGUGGCUACUUCAACAAUUUGCUGCACAACGCGAAUUGUUGAAGUGACCACUUCAACAAUUGGCAGUGCACAUUGCUGAGAUGGCCACUGCAACAAUUUGUGUUGUGCAAAUUGUUGGGGUCACCAUUUCAACAAUUUGCACAACGCAAAUUGUUGAUCAUGCAGCUUCCAACAAAACUGUCAUGCAGUUUUCACGUCUGAGCGAAAACUGUAUGACGAAUUUCCAUGGUAAAACGCAUCAAAUUGCAUGACGAGUUUCCAUAUUGGCGAACUUGUCAUGCAAAAUUCAUCAAAUUGCUGAGCCUGAAUUUGGAAUGGCUACGUCCCUCAUCGAAGGAAAGUUGAAAUGGCCACUUCGAUUUUCCCUCAUCGAAGGAAAGUCGAAGCGGCUAUCUCAGCGCUCCUUUCUGCAGGAAAGUGGGAGGAGCCGCUUCAGCAGCCUUCGUACCUCUUUCGUCCUUCAUUUCUGCAUGACAAAUUUCCAAACUUGGAAAUUUGUCAUGCAUAAAUGAAGGACCACAGAAUGCCAAAGUUGUUGAAGUGGCGCUGGAUCUCGGCGUUUGUCGAGGCACGGCCAUCCGAGGACUACCCGCCAAAUUGGUACUAGGUUUUUUCGCAAACAAGAAAAAUUUUUGUGGUAUUUACGAGAUUGUUUCCUUGUGUUUUUAUUCCGAGAUUAUUUUCUGCUUUAGCUAAGCCUUUACAUCACUGCAGGUACUUUCAAGACGUGCAGUUUCUGGUCUCGCUGAUCAAUCACGGUAACAUUUCCAAUUCUAUCGUGAAGCACGACAAGCACACUUUUUCACCAACCGAGUCUUCCGAUGGGAAAGCCAUCGACCGCGGCUGGCAUGAUUUUGUGUCCUGCGACGAAGCAACUUUGCGGAAUGGGGGCUUCGUGGACCCACGCGACGAUACCGUCUGCUUCCGUGCGUCGGUCUACCUGGCCGGUGGGCCGAUGAAGGUCAAUACGCCGGCGUCGUCGGGUGUCGGACCAAACGCGGCCGUGAAUCCCUUCACACCCAACACCAAAGCGCGCACACGGUACACCGAGCUGCAGAAAUGGCACUGUGGGGACCCGAUACAGCCGACCUUCAUUAACUCGCUGUGCCAAAUCUGGUUCCACCUCGGUGCGUUCAGAAAUCUGAUCUACCAAACCGACGUGCCCAUGCUCAAAGACUGCGCCAGGGGUCUCUACAAACAAAUGCAGGCCGCGGAAAUGGGUAUUUCAACUUGAUUUUUGCUCUAAUAAGUAUUUUUCUGUGGAACAAUUUUUGUUUACAUUUUGUUACGUACCUUGUUUUUCUGUUUUCCUUCGAGGUUUGCUGCUUCUGAUUUCUGAUUUUGUCCGAAAAUCAGUAUCGCAGCACGGUCUCUUCGGUUCUUCCUCUUCCACCUCCCGGUCAAGUACUUUUCUAUUGCUAAAGAGUGGCUGACGUCCGUGUUGUUGGUUGUGCGUCUGUUGCUUUCUGUUCUUGCGCGACCUUUUGUAGACGAAAAUUGAGAUGGUCCUCUGAAGAUAUGACGAACAAAAAGCAACAUGUUUUUAUUUGCCAUCCUGCGGAACGAAAACACAACACAGUCGAAGGGGUGCCCGGGAGGAGGAAAAUUUUUGACAUAAGAUACCCGGGAAAGCGGUUUAUGAAAAUAACAAAUGUGUUGAACAACAAAAAAUCUGACCCCGAUAACCCCGCUGCAGCCGACAUGUACAAGGACGGGCCAGAGGAAUUUGUCGAUUACGCAGUCGGCAGCAGCUUGAUCCUCGUUCUGCGCGAGGUGUUCGCGCGCCUGCAGCACCGCCAGGGGCCUGCGAGUGCGGCCCGGGUGGCCAGCGUCGUCAGUUUCCAGAAGUCGGACCUGGAGGGCACUGUGCACGUAAGUUGAUUUUUUUGCUGUACUACGUCGAAUUUGUCUUUGUGCUCCUGUCCAUUCGAAAAAGGAAAAGCACAACGAACGUCAACAUGCAAGUUAUUUCCCAUGAUUCGUAUACUAGUACGCUAAAACCAACUUCUACUCCUCAUCAACAAAUAUUUAACAGACCAUGUUCGACUACCUCCUGAAGGAAUUAGAGUGUGGUAAGGACACGCACUACUCCUCCAGCAAACGCGCAAGCCCGCUACAGCUCUACCACGGACUUCAGCGAUUUCUGUUCGAGGUGGAGUGGAGUGAAACACCACUCUGCGGCCCGGACAAGAAGAAAAACAGCUGGAAGCACACGGUAUCUUCAUCAACCUCCUGUGAAGAUUUGUUUCAUGUGCAUGCAGAGAAUUUGCUUUUUUUCCUACAACGUUAUCCCCGACAGAGAAAAACUGCCUUUGCGAGGAGCUCGGCGAGAACAAAAUGACGAAAUAAAAAUAACACACAGAGCCCCAUCUUUCCGUUGUUGACACGCGGUUUCCGAAAUCUCGAGCACUGUUUGGACCACUACUUCUCCGCUAAGGUACUACGAACUGCUGCUUUCAGUUGCGUUGAUUUCCUCUUGUUGUCUUCGAGGAUGUAGUAGAUUGUGGCACGACAUUUGUCCUCGACCUUGCAUAUCACGUCUUGUGAUCGACGUCGGCCUAGGAAAUACAUCAACUGACCUUCUUUUCCAGGUGCUGGACGACGGAGACGGCAGCCGGGUGCAGGCCAAGCGUACGAUUAAGCGCCUUCCGCCGGUGCUGACCUGGAGUUUAAAGCGGGGCGGCGUCGGCGAGCGAUUCGAUUUUCCGCGUGUGAUGAACAUGGCGAAAUUAUCCUGAGUAAAAACGUACCCACACCAUAGUCAAGAUGGGGAAUCGGCUAGACAAAUCCACAAGUUUUGGCUGUUUUGCAUGACAAAUUUGGAUGCGUAGUGUAGUGCUCUUUGAGCUAGCUCAGCAGCAUCACAGAUCUAGCAUACCAUGCUGAUUGGAGCAUGACAAAUUGCAAAACACGACUAGAAAAUGCUUCUCAUGGGGUUCCGCAUGAGAAACAUUUUCAGCAUGCAGAUUUGCAUUACAACUCUGGCGUGGGUACGUUUUUACUCAGGAUAGAAAUAUCUGGACGCGUCGUACAAGGAGGGCCGCGAAGAAUCAGAAUUCGAUAUCAAAAUGAAAAAUCCCCCCUCCCCAUAUCAAAACGGAAAUUUGUGAUGCUGAUUUGCGACCACAAAUUGGCUUUGUAUUGCAGAGAGGUACUGCGGCCAGAUCCCCAGGCCAGGCAGGGGCGUAUGGGUCUAGUAGUUCAGCAUGGCAAACGGCCCCCUUUUUGGCCCAGCAGCAUGACAAAUCGCUUCCAUAAUGGGGCGGAAGCUUCUGCCCUUGUCUUCUUGCAAGACAGAUGGGAUUUGUGACCUCAAAUCCGCAACACAGAUUUUUGGAAACAUACCUUUUCAAUAUGGGGAGGGGGGAUUUUUCCUCUCAAUAUUCGAAUACGCUCUUUACGCCGUUCUGGUAGAGUACGAGCUCCCGCAAAGCGUCCGCCACUACGCAUACAUUCGGCCCGAAAUGGAGGGCGAUCAGGGGCAAUGGUACAAAUAGGAGCUUUUUAUUUAUGCCGGAAGAUCCGACAGCUUGUAGGUCGAGCUGCGGGCCGUUUUCUUGUUUUGUAUGCAUCUUCUCGCACCUUAAUGCCGGCACCUGGUGCUUGUACAAUUGUCAUUUUCUGCAGAAGAAGUUCAGUUUCUUCCAAAUCGCUUCUCAGGUACCGCUUCGCAGAUGGUCCCACGGAUUGCGUUCACGCGGUGCCAAGCGCGACUGUUUUCGACGCGAGUAGUGGCGGGCAAGAAUGGCUCUGCGUCAACUACCUGUAUUAAGAUUUUUUUUUGCGCAUUUAGCACAUACCGCAAUCCGAUCAUGUCUUUUAGAUGCGAUGAGGAAUUGCUUCAUGGUUGCUCAGAGCUCUUAUAUUUGGUCCCACGAAUGAUGAGUUUAUUUUCCAGUGAUGAACCAAUCCAUGCAGGUAUGGUCCGGGUGCAGUGUUGACGCGGCCGAAGGCGACCCGAGCAAAGAUGUUGUUCUACAUUCGUACUAAGAGCUGUGAAGAGAUGCUGACGGUACCCAAAGUGCCCCGCGACGAGAAGAUCAAAGUGCAUCAACUUCCUGCUAUCACAGACGGGCCGAAAAAGGACGACAAAUCCAAGGCGCUCGUGGUACAUUUGGAGUUUUUGUGCAAGACCUUUUUAUAAUCCCGUAUCAAUCUAUUUCUGGGGUGUCUGCAAUUGCAUUUAAAAUCUUUUGAUGGUACUUCUUUAACGACUCGCAUUAAUGUGAAGAUCACAGCAUGAUCAUGAUCAUAUCGAAAUCGAAUGGGAACAACAGGAUGCUGAGGAGCGCGCCCGCUCCUUAAUUGAGGAAGACGAAGAGGAUAUCAAAAGGAAACAUCCCCCCUCCCCAUAUCGAAAAGGUAUGCUUUCGAAAAUUUGCGUUGCUGAUUUGAGGUCACAAAUCACAUUUGUUUUGCAAGAAGGCAAGGGCAGAAGCUUCCGCCCCAUUAUGGAGGCGAUUUGUCAUGCUGUUGGGCCUAAAGGGGAGCCGCUUGCCAUGCUGAACAACUAGACGCGUACGCCCCUGCCUAGCCUGGGGGCCUGACUGCAAUGCUUUCCUGCAAUACAAAGCUGAUUUGUGUACUCAAAUCCAGCAUGAGAAGUUUCGUUUUGGUAUGGGGAGGGGGGAUUUUUCCUUUUAAUAGAGGACGCGAAGCGGCUGGAACGCAAGAAGGCACAGCGGGCCAAGAAGAAAAAGAAGAAAAAUGGCAAAGAGGAACCAGACCAGGAGGAGGAGAGCCAGGCGGUGAGCGCCGCGAAGCCUACUGCUGUGGCGGCGCCCGUCCAGCAGAGUGCCACGAUACAGCAGGCCUCCCCCAUGACCACAACGAGUUCUUCGAAGCAGGAGAGCAAGAAGCAGCAAACCCCGGCUAACGCUUCUGCGCAGCCGAAACCCUCUCCGAGUCCGUCCGCGCACCAGAAAAACGCGGCCGCGCCGUCGGUGAACAGCAAGAGCACGACACACUCGCCUAGCCCGUCGACGGACGCGUCGCAGAAGUCGCCGAACGACGACGCCAAACCGGAUUCGGAGUCGGAUAGCGAUUUCGGUAGCUUCGUUCCCGGCAAUAAUCGGUUUCUGGUGUCCGCCCGGGAAACCGCGUCCAAGAAAAACAAGACUAAGCAAGGCACUAAUAUUGCAGGGUCCACCGCGGCCAGUGCAACGCAUGCGCCCAAUACGGCGACGAAUGGACCAAGUUCCAGCAAAGGCAACAUUGGCGCUGCUGCGACGACGAGCACUUCGUACAAGAAGCCCGGACAAAUCGCCAAGGAGGACGAGGAUUUUGUGACUCCAGCGCGCGGCGCCGCGGCAAGUUCGAAGGACAGCAAGGGCGAGGGGAAGAACAAAGCGACAGCGACCGCCGGCGAUAGGAACAAGAGCAUCAAGGAUCCGGCUUCGUCGUCCACUUCCGGGACGAGCAAUAGCAAGCAAGGCGGCAAAGACCACAAAGGCAGUGCGACAAGCGGCACUUCUACUGGCAGCGAGCAGCAAGGAAUGCCGAACAUCAAAGGGAGCUCUGCCGCAGCGAAUGCCGCCGGGGCUCUCGAGCAACAGACAAAGGACAAGCAGCCCAGCUCGUCCUCUUCCAGUAUUAAAGCCGGAAGCAACAACAGCACGCAGCAGCAAGGUAAUAAUAGUGCUGCGUCCUCCUCCUCCACCGCGAACAAGGAACCGAAAGAGAAGAAGGAGGGUAAGAAGAAGGGAGCGAACACUGUGAUGAACCUGUUUUCGAAGAAGGGCAAAGUGAAGCAGUCUGCUUCUGCCGCCAAAGACGCUUCGCAGUCGGUCAACGCCGUUAUCGCGGCGCCGCAGUCCGUGCACUUCGUGGCGGCCAUCGGGGUGCAGGCGUCGGCUGGUGCGACGACGCAGGGGGAGAUGAACAAAGGCUCGGGCGGCAUCUCGGGUAGUAGUUCUACUGCUGGACAUACAGCGUCUUCUACUUCGACCCCCGCUGCCGCCCCGCCGACCGGCUUCACUACGGUGGUCGGAAAUAGUAGUAACCAGACGAGCAAGACGACAUCGCUGCAGAGUGCCGGCGCGGCGGGGCUGAACUCGCUGGAUAGUAAGGAAAGCAAUACUAGCGGCGCCAGCAGGUCGAAGGGGCUGGAUCACGGCACUUCUGGGAAUAAGCAAGCGGUGGAGCAAAACCAUGGCGCCUCCUCCUCAACCUCCACUGCCGCGGACCUUUCCUCGCUCCCACCUACUGGGCUGUUGAGCACCGCCACCAAUCAUCAGCCGGGAACUUCUUCUACUAAGGGGCACCCGAGCGGGUCGGCCGAACUGGAACCGCAGUUGUACCAAGCCGGCGCGCAAAACGAAAAAGAGGCGAACAAGGUGGAAAACAAGGACACCAGCAGUAAAGAGUCCGUGACCGGGGAGCAGCAGGAGGAUUUUAUCCCUGCUGCGGGACCGAAGAGACGCACGCGUGGCGGAAAACGUCGGGCUGGGGCGAGCCGGGGAACCACCGGGAGUGGGUUCACGGUGGUGGCGACGUCGAAGAGCGGGUCGCGCAAGGGCAGCACCUUCGGGACCGAACCGAAAAACGACAAGCCCGCGGUGCCACAGAGCGUGGAGCUUGUGGCAAAAAUCUCCGCGGUCGCAAAGACCUCCACGACGAACCAUCAGCCGCAAAACAGCAUCAACAAGUCUUCUACGUCGACAAGCAAUAACACGAAGCACCGCGGUAGCAUGCAUUCGAUCACCUCAAAAGAGGCUGACGACGCAAACAAGGUGGUCGUGUCGCAGUCCGUCAACGCCCUGGCCAUGAAGUCCUCCACCUCGUCCGUGGCAAGCGCGGGCUCCAAGCAGAGCAGUCGCGUUUGCUGGGCCGAGGUCAGCAUCGCAGACAGCACAACCACCGUUAACGGGCAACCAAAUCAACAGCAGCAACAGCAGAUGUUGCAAGCGAACCAGCAAAGCGCCGCUACGGCGUCCACUUCCGACACAGCAGCUGUUGACGACCGCAGUGGUGGCGUGGAGCAAGUCGCUGUACCUUCACAGGCGAUCUCGGAACCACCGAUGCAGCCACCGUACCCACCACCGCCGGAAUACCAGUCCUACCCACCGCCCCCGCCCGGACACAGUGCCAGUUCGGGCGGUGCGCCGCAGCCCCCACCACAGCAACCCCUUCCCCAACCGGCGACCUCCUCCACUUCCCACCUCCCCGGCGACAGCGUGUGGGCCGACCCCGUGGCCGCUGCCUACGAUUACACGCAGAGUUCUUCCAGUACCAGUCAGGCGAACAUGUACUCGCUGCCCCAGAUGGCUCCCCCCCCGCAGCCGCAGAGUUGUGCCGCCGCGUCUACUUCUUCGUGUGCGAACACCUACGGAGGUGGGGGCGCGUCUACUUCCUCCUACAACCAGGCCUCGUGGCACCAGGUGCAGCACCCUGAACACCCCCCGCCCCCGCUGCCCAGCCUCUCGACCCCGACUUCUGGUGCGGUAAACAACAGCAACAGCAGCUCCAUUACGGCAAUGCUCGGGACCACUUCUACCGAGAAUCAGCACAACUAUAACGCGACUGGACAGCAAGCUUCGGCUUCGAGCUCGAGUUGUUGCGCCGGCGCGGGAGGUGGCCACCAAGGCGGACACCAAGCGCAACCCUCCCCGGCGUCCACACCCAAAGGCUCCGCCACGAAAAAGUCCAAUCAGAGCAGCAUCCAGAGCACGUCCUGUAGCAGUUUCGCUUUGUCACCGGGCAAGCAGAAGUGGGUGCACUUCCUGGACCAGCAGAGUUGUGUGGGCGCGACGAGUUCCUCCUCCACCUUUUCCUCCUCCUCGACCGGAGGACAAAACCAGCAAUCCACCAGUUCCUCGCAGCAGCGACAGAACAAUCAGAACAUGAUUUCGGAGGAGCGGCUGCAAAUCACUCACGCGCAAGUCGAGGCGGUGAACGGGGAUACCCGGCUGUACCACUGUCAUUUGUACGGGCGAACCCACUACGAUGCGAACGGACAGCCUUUGUGCGGCACCUCGACGUGCGGGGGGAUCGCGGUAAAGCCCCUGAUUUUGCCCAAUGGGGCGCUGGUUUCCCUCUCUUGCUUCUGCGACUACGUGCGGGGGAAGCUGCAGGGGCAGAUGCAACACCACCUGAAUCAGUCCGGGGAGUUCGUGCUGCACUGUCCGGUCACGGGCGCGGAAAUUUCCCCGGAGGAUAUCGGCAGCUUGGAACAGAAGAGCCCGAUCAUGUACCGAUGUUACAGCAGUCUGCAGAUCCGGUGCGCGCUUGCCCACCCCGACCCCUGCAACUGCCAGUGGCGUGGGUCCUUGAUCGAAUACUUCGACCACGUGCGCACCUGUCAUCCUGAACUUUUCCAGCGAAACGCGUUGCAGCAUGACGGGACGUCGUCGGGUACGCAACAAGGUAACGUAGCGUCCUCUUAUCGCGGACAGCACAAUUCUAGUUCGUCCUCCAGCAGUUAUGCUGGGGCGGCAAACGCCAGCGGCUCGACGGCAUGGAACACGGGUGGUGCAGCUUCCUCCAGCACGUGCGUGGUGAACACGGCGAACGGGCCGGUGGUUGUACCCCCGCCGAUCGGCAACAUGUACAGCACGAGUCAGCAGAUGCAGUGCGGGACGUCGGUGUCCUCCUACAGCCAACAUAUGGGAGGUGCAAAUGCCCUAACUAGUGCAGCGAACAACCAGGCUACUUCCAGUAACGCGAGCACGGCAAGCAACGCCAUGGCGCCGCCACUGCCGAGCCCGCUGCCCGCUCGCGGCGAGCUGAACGGAUGGGGCGCGCUCGAGGCGAACAUGCCGAUCGCGGUUGCCGGGACGGUGUCGAGCGCCGCUAACGAAGACACGGAAGAACCGCUGACCAAAGGGGGAUCCUCCUCGUCCUCCUCCCGUCCGGGGGACCUCGUCAACGGCACCCUCGAGGCGGGGACGGCUUACCACCAGCACGCCUUCCAACCCACACAGCACAUUUGGGGGGACCGCCAGGCCCGCGGCGACAUGGAGGCCUUGCACGACUGGGAGGACCCGGACACGCAGACACACGUGUCCGUCGGGGAUCGCAUGAAGGUGCAGGCCGUCGAUGACAGCGGGGAAUGGGUACAAAAUGACAUUGGAUUCGUUUUCAAUGAAUAAGGUCUUACGAACGAGUACUCAGGGUAUGUAAGUAUGAUCCUUAUGAAUGUAAUAUGAGCAUCUUCUUACAAGUCUCAGCUGCAUUAUUCAUGUGGCAGCAAAACCAAAAAGUGUUGAAGCGUCUAGAUGUAGCAAAAAAAUCUAAAAAAUUUUUACAGGCUUACGCCGGGCGAGCAGAUCACUCGGCGAACCCCACGUGGAUUCCCCGCAGCAUCUUGCAGCACAUUGUGUAUACCACGAGAAACACAUACAAUCCAGAAUCGUGCACGCCGUCGAUGCUCCCAAUCACUGCAGGUACGACAACAUAAUUUGGAUGUACUUGAAGCAUCGCGGAUUUUCAUUUUGGUUCCUCUUUCCACCACGUACAGGUUGUUGUACGCAUGCAUUGCCAAAGAAGCGGAAGAUCAAAUAGAUGAAUGAAAUGUGGAAGUGGAUUUUUACUCUUCGUCGUGCGGACAUGCCUUCGAUUUUUCUCAGGUGACAAGCUUUUCGCUUAUUAUCACGACGCGAGUGGCUGGACUUUCGGCGAGAAGCUGAAUCCGAACUCAGAGGCGCCGGGUCCCGAGGGAUGGUAUCCCACGAGCCUCUUGACAGCCUGUGCCGACUGA